AUGGCCGCUGUCCGAGACUAUACGAUCGGGGACCGAGUCAUUCUCGCAAAGGGUACGGUUAUGCCAGCCGCCGAUCUGGCCAUCUUCGCAGCUGCCAUCAUCUCUUGGGAUCGUCAUGAAGAGUGGAAGAGGGGUGAUCGUAAGCGAGAAGAGCGCAGCCCCACGCCUCACGAUCCGCUGGAGGUGACAAAGACCAAGCGCGGCGCGAAGAAAGCAGCCAAGUGA